AUGGCCGAGGAGGAGGGUGAUGUGGACGAGGAGGAUGUGUUCCUUGCAUUUGCCCAGCGUCCCUCUCCUCCCAGGGGUCCUCUGCGUCGGGCCAUGGAUAAGGCCUUCUUUAUCUUUCUGGUCCUCUUCCUGACACUGCUAAUGCUGGAGGCUGUGUAUAAGCUGCUGUGGCUGCUACCAUGGGCAAAGUUUGGGGACUGGCUCCUGAGAACACCACAGAAGGAGGAGGAGCUGGAAUUGUGA